AUUUUAAAGUGAAAAAUAAAAUAUAGAAUGCCAAACCCAUCUUCGCCCUAAAAACCAGUAGAAAAACUAGAGUGAGAAAGAGAGUAAAGACCAAAGACCGGGGAAAAAAGUUUAGAGAGAGAAAGUGUGUCUGUGUUAAUGGCUUCCUGUGGGCUCCUUGUUCGAGUAGCAGACGCCAUCCUCCUCCCUUUCUUCGCUUUAAUCGCCAUCGCAGCUCCUCUUGUCGACGCCCAAACCGUUCUCCCUUCCUCUCUCUUCCCCGAAUUUCUCGCCGAUCUAAAGUCUCAGUACGCCACUUUCUCUGGUGAUUAUCUGAUCGCAAAGAAGCCCCCCUUCUUUGUUGGUCUCGUCUUCUACGAAUUAAUCGUCCAAUGGCCCCUCUCACUCGCCAAUCUCUACGGCCUAAUCGCCUCCAAACCCUGGUUUCGAACCACCUGCCUCGCAUAUGGCGUAUCCGCUUCUACAAGCAUGAGGCAUCUGAAUGUCCAUGAUGGAAGGUGGAGAUUAUGCUUAGCCCCAGUAGCCUGGAAUACAGAUGUUCUCAACGGUGGAUCAUUAGAAGUGGACAACUCAGGGUCACAGGAUGCAACAUCUACCAUACACCAUAUUGGUGUAUGGUGUAUUUUCCCUUUGAUAUGGGAGUUUAUGAGUGAAGAAUAGAUCUGAUCUUGAUCGAAAUUAGGGGUAUAGUGGCCAUCUUGCAAUGCAAUUGUUAAAAUGGGAUUAUAUAUUAUGAGAUCAUUUAUUUUUGGACAAGAAGGUCAAUUUUUUUUUAGCCAUUGGAUGUUAAAUCCAAUAUUUUAAAAUGUAUCGUAGCUUUCGAGAAAAUUUGUUUCGGAUUUUGUGCUCGAUUAAUAAGGCUUCAUUACGAUUUCACAUCCAACAGUUGACAAUGAUAGUGACCUUCUUGUUUCAAAAAGUAAAUGAUAUCGUUAAAUAUAUUUCCCUAUCAUAUUGCCAAUUUUGUCAUUCUCUAGUAAAGGGUAAUUUGUCAUUCCUAUUGAGGGUAAUUUUGUCAUUCCAUUUGGUAACGUAUGCAAAGUUGUGGUAAUUUUGUUGUUUGGGAAGUUUAGGGGUGUAAUGGUUGUAGGGCUAUUUUGGUAUUUUGGUUUUUUAGGUGACCUCAGCUUGAGUGCCUUAUUUGUUCACCCUCUAGGCCUUGUCAAGGGUCGGAAUCAGACUUGACCGGUUAGCGAUUGAUGUUUGGCACUCAAGUUUGAUUCCUACCACUCCACUACUCAAGAAAAGAACUCUAUAAAGGGUGUUUUAGUCA